AUGUUCUUCUUCCCCAAAAAAUACCGGCAGCAUAAACUUGCCCUCUGGUUGAUGGUCGCCGAGCUCCCGUUCACCAUCGUCAUUCUGACAUUGACGGGAAUCGCUUCGCAUAAUCUUUACCGGACUUUACUAUGGCAAGAUGGUGCAGACAACGGGUUCAACAGCGCCCCGAACACGGAGCUGUAUGCGAUAGCCAACUAUGAACCAUAUACACCUCCCAUGGUGUGGUCAGCAUUCAUCACGCAGUAUAACCUCGUGCUCGGGGUUCUAAGCACCUUUUUUUUAAUCACCAAAUUGCCAGUCCACUCCAUGCACCUCUUCUAUCCCCCACUCGCAGCGAUCAUUCACGGCUCCCUGAUCGUUCUUUAUAUUGUGUCAGCCUGCUACCAAGCAGGCAGCGAUAACUCCGACCCAAAGCGUCCACAGCCAGGCGCGCCAUGGUAUAUCACAAAGAACUGCAGUGUCGCCAAGCGCCCAUCGAAUAUCCCGUACUGCAUGCAAGCGAAGGCGCUCUUUGCCAUCACUGUUAUCAUCAUCGUGCUCUAUGCCAUCGAGUUCGGCGUCAGCGUCCACUCCUGCUUCAUCACCAAAGAGGAACGCGACGAAAUCCUCGAGCGGCGAGAAGAAAAGCGCGUCGAGAAGGAAUUCGAAGAAGAAAUCCUCAAGUCCCCGGGCAUUCUUUCUCCGGGAAUCACCUCCUCCGGCAUGAUCCCCAUGACCCCCAAUACCAUGCCCCGCCCGCCUCCCAUGAUCCCGCGCACCCCGGGAAUCCCACCCGUCGCCGCUGGAGGAGGCAUCUCGCCCUACACUCCGCGCACUCUGGCAUUUAACCGUCUUGGGAGCGGCAGCACCUCGUCGGAUCUUCCGCUGCGGGAUAACUCUAACACAUCCAACACGUCGACAACCCAGUCCUCGUCGCAGCAGGAAAUCGCAGAAGUCCAGACGGCGACGCCGAUAUACUUCCCGCCACCUCCCAAGAAGGCUGCUAAAACUUGA